AUGGCAACGCGACUUCACAAACUAUUAGUUGUGAGCCUGGUGCUAACAACUACAGCUGCAGAUUUCACCGCAAACUGCCCAGAGGAAUGCAAAUGCGUUUGGGCAAGCGGCAAUAAGCAAGCUGACUGCUCACAAUCAAACUUUCACGACAUACCUAAAACGCUGAGCACGGAAAUUCAAAUCCUCGACCUAACUGGAAACGAACUAUACGAAAUCACGAGACACGCUUUCGAAGACGUACGAUUAAUUAACCUUAAAAAACUUAUCUUAAAAGAAUGUCAACUUCUAACGAUACAUAAAAACGGACUAAGUGGGCUCGCCAUUAUGAUCGAGCUAGAUAUGUCUAAAAAUAACCUGAAAACCCUACACGCCGAGACUUUUAGGGAAACCACAAAAAUAAGGUGGAUUUUACUCAAUGACAAUCAAAUCGAAAAAUUGGAAGAUGGACUCUUCAAUAAUCUACAAUUUUUGCAGAAAAUUGACCUCAGCAACAAUCACAUAACCCAGAUCGGAAUGAAGACAUUUAUGUCUGUGCCGAAACUUAAUAUCCUAAGACUCAACAGCAAUAAACUUGAACAUUUGAAACUGGACACGCUCAGCGCCUUAACCUUAUCAAAUCUCGAUGUUCACGACAAUCCGUGGCGUUGCGAUUGUUAUCUACAGCCAUUCAGAAACUGGGUGAUAAGCAACAAUUUUUAUACCUCCCCCAUCACCUGCAGCGAACCGCCCAAAGUCCACGGUAAGCUGUGGAAAGAAUUGGACUCCAGAGAUUUUGCUUGCCGGCCGAGCAUUGUAUACCCCUCAGUCACGACUACUAUACAAUCAGGUGACAAUAACAUAACUUUAUCAUGUCAAGUUAACGGUAACCCUAUUCCCGAGGUGAACUGGGUUUUGAAUGCCCAAAUCAUAGAUGGAACUUAUCGGUACCAAGGAGAAGUAAAGUACAUCUUAACACAGAGUAAUACAGAAAACAGCAGGUGGUUAAAUUUAACAAUAAUCGAUGCUGGAAGUACAGACAACGGAAUGUAUCUUUGUGUUGCAAAGAAUCCUGGUGGGGUGGAAGAAAGAAAUGUCACCCUAUUUGUGACUCAUACUGCCCCAGGUAUAGUCCCACCUACUGGUAUGAACAGUAAUAUGUUACCGGUUCUUAUUGGAGUGUCAUGUGCAGCUGCUAUUUUACUGAUCAUCCUGGUCAUUAUAUGCUAUUGUUGCUGUCGGCGCCGAUCUUCAGAUAAAAAGAAAGCUAAUAAUUCUAAUGGUGAAGCGCUAAUCGAAGGCUCUGUAAUACCUGAGAUGGAGAAAAGUCUUAUAUCAGCUGUCAAUCCUGUCACUAAACCUCCACGAAGAUAUGAAGUUCCACCUUCCAUUACCAGUGGGGGCACGGAAAUGUCUGAGCUGAAUAAGACUCUACUUGAUAACGACUCUGUAUUUGCUCACAACGAUGACGAAAAACGGUCAUUAGAUUUUGACCACCAACGCAAGCGUUCUGAAGAUGCACUGAGCGACUACGGGCGUACAGAUGGACGAGCAUAUCCACCAGAUUUGCUCUCCUUUCCUCCAAGAGCAGCACAAAUAUCUCCAGCUGCUAGCAAUGCCUCAACUGUACCAGAUACAAGUAGGCUUCAAGUGAAUCCUGUCAGUCCAAUACAUUCUCCCAUCUACGGCAUGACGACUAACCAGAACAUAUUCAGAACGUUACCAUAUUCCCGGUCACAGUCACCUUUCACGGCACCCAUUACUCCGCCUGUGGUUACACCUCGACAGGGCUACGUUACCAUUCCUAGACGGCCUCGUGUACCCUCAUGGUCCAGUACUGCAAGUACUCAAAUUCUUCCAAGCGCCGAAGCGCAGGAACCUCUCUAUGAUAAUCUCGGCUUGAGGACAACCGCAAACGGCAGUUCUGUUUUAUCCCUUAACAAAACUGGAUUAGAGCCACAAUUUUCUCCAAUGAGAAAUAGACCACUGCCGGCGACCCCUACCUCCUAUGCGAACACACAUCCGGUUUUCUACGCACCAAUAGAAGAACAAGAACCUGCUCCGUCACCAGUACCGCCGCCAUUUACUCCCACGAGAAAUAGUAUAAGUUCACAAUUAUCGACCCAGCUCUCCACUCCAGGCCCUCAAGAGCCUUCCAAUCCCAGGAUGAGUUGGACGGCGAAAAACACAUCAACUCCCCAGCCAGAACCAAGAAAACUCAGUGUGGAUUCAGAUACUUUGAUUCGUAAGGGUAAACCAGAAACUGGCUCGUUACGAAGAAAUCCAAGACCAGAUAAAGAAGAGACCAGUUCGCCAACAAAAGAAGAUCCAAGAAAGAAUGAAAGCAGCGCGUCCUUGAAUCAAUCUGGAACAAUGGGAAGAAGUGGAAAGAUCCCACCGAGGCCUCCACCCAAACCGAAGAAGAAGCCAAGUCCAGAAGUUAAUCCCAGCGAACCGUUAUUUGAAGAUGAGGGUGAAGACGGCACGGAGGUGUAG